AUGGACCUCCCAGUUUAUAGUACAAGCCAGCCUUCGUUAUGUGCCCUGCCCGUGGAGCUCAUCCAAGCCAUUCUCUGCAACCUUCCAGAUCUCGAGUCCCUUAAAUCUGCCCAAUUGACGCAUUCUGCGCUAUACUUCGCCUUCAUUGGCGCUGAAAGUCACAUUUUAAAGCAGAUAUUAGCGCAAAAGAUUCCUACGGCGCUUUUACCAGAUGCGUUUUUCGCCUUCGACGCAUCCACUGUGGAGGGCGUGUGGACGCAAGAUGAAGUGCACUCCAUCAUCUACCGGAAUCGGACCCGCCAAAUCUCGUCAUCAUUUCGUCUAAACCCCCAGUCUGCUUUUAAAAUCAUUAGAUUAUAUCGCUGGCCAUUCACACGGGCCGAUUGGAGGUGGUGCACAGAGGGUAUCUGGUAUUAUUCCAACAGUGCCUGCCUAAUGACAGAUCCAUCUCCUGUAGGAACUCUUCUAUGCCACGGCCUGCGGUAUAUUGGGCAUCUCGUCACAGCUGAAGCACCAGACCAGCAUAUCAUGCUCUCCAGAGAAUUGUUUGGCAAGCCUUUCAUGUCUUCGCUGCCCGACAUAUUCAGGGCUAUCUGGGAGUCUCAGGAGGUUUUCCACGCUUAUCCAUCACUUACAUGUGAAGUCGAGGGGCAAAUUAUCGAUUGGCAAGAUACAGGGUAUGUCGGAUCCGAUCCGGGCCCAGCUAAUGCAUGGCGUACGAUGAUGGCGGCAACAAUCCCAAAUGGAGGCGUAUCUACGCAAGUUGGCAGUCAUUUUACGAGUGAUCUCCGUGAACAGGGUUAUGUAUUCUGGGAUCAGGUUCGAAUUGCGGAAUGGGGCUUCAGCAGCAACAGCAUUGAUCUCCCUCAUUAUUCUGCGGAUUGGCAGCUGAGGUUACAACUUGCAAUGGAUAGCGCCUUGAUAUGGCGGCCACACUUGUAUUAUAAUGCAGGCGUGGGUAGCUGGUGGUACCCAACAGAAAUAGCCCCCUGUAAUAUCGUCCGAUUGCCUCCGGGAGAGUAA